GAUGACGACCCAAGCAAUAGUAGACUUCUUUUCAACGUAUGUAAAGUACACAGAAGGAUUCGUGGUGCUACCCUCAGGCAGCAUCAUCCAAAAGCCUUACGAUCUUUGGUCGCCCAACCUUCAGAAGCCCGUGCAGGUAUGUAUGGUGCUUGGAAUAUCGUACAAGCGAGAACCGUGCACAAAUGUUACAUUGUGUACGGCGAAGAGAGGGGGAUUGGAAUGAAAGAAAGAGACGCCCUGGAUUGUCUUACCAUGGAGAUAAUUGUUGGUGUCACAGGCCGCACUGUCUGCCACACUCUUCCUGGAAGCAGCAUCCCACUCACAAAAGUUGUGAUUUAGGCAAUGAACUAUCUCCAGUGCAUCACGUUCGCAUUUCACACGGGCGUCUUUUUCCUCAUGCAGUGCUUCUGGAACUACCUCUCGAACAGCGUCGCCAAAAAGAGCUUCAUGGGCUCGUUCGAGUUCAAGUUCUAUAUCAUUUGGGCCCUGGGCAGUGUUGCCAUGUUCCCCGUGCUUCAAUGGCGCUUCCGGAACGACGAGUACUUGAGCGAGAUUGUGCCACAGCUGGCCUAUGGUGGUGAAGUUUUGAUCACAGCAGCUUUGGGCAUCCGUUCGAACUUUCGCUUCAAGCGUAUCAUUGCAGCAUCGCGUCGGAACAAGGCAGGCGCCACCACCAACGCCAUCAUCAACCGUCUGUCCUACUUUAAGGAAAUGAACAUCAUCCUCACCGUCAUCCUCUUCAUCUAUGGCGCCUGCUUUGUUAUCCUCUGUGCAGAUGGUUUGACAGAAUCCAUGACCAUCAACACAAAUAAAUUCGCAUGUGAUCUGCUGAUCGCCAACGUCAACAUGGGCAUCGUCUUUUUAUGGCUUCUCUUUAUCUCCAUUUUCCAUCCACGCCGCAGCGCCACCUCCCCGCAGAAUACCACCGCGAGCAGAUCUGGCCAGGAGUCGGAAUUCCAACACUCCAAAAACGAUAUGGAAAUGACAACUGCCGCUACGACAACCAACAACAGCCGACCCUUGAGCCAGCGCAUUACCAACUUUAUCAGUAACCGAGGAGGCGAUAACAUGAAUAACAGCCAGCCACCUCUUCCUGCUCAGUACGGAAGCGAGAAAUAUCAACAGCCCACUUCGCCCGAUGGUGGCGCCACGUUUGCAUCCGAUCCUCACCAUUAUCAAAACCAUGCUGAAGCCAACAAUGGCAGCGGUGUCUUUAUGCGCGCCAUGUCGCCCAUCAAUGUCGAUUAUCCGCCGUCGAUCGGCACGGAAGGUGUCCCCUUGACAUCCUCGGCUGCUAACCCGGGCUACAAUCGCAAUGUGUCGGUAGAAGAUCCGUAUAGCAGCCAAUCGAUUGUGUUUUCUAUGGUUGACCCAAGACAUCCUCAGCAGCCGUCGUCGCCAUCCACGACGCGUUACAAUACGCCAACCCACUCGGAUGCGUAUAGCGACUACCCCAUGCAGCCGAUACCUCCAUCGCGUAACAAUCCGUUGUCUCCGGGUGGGUAUCGGAAUAAUGAGGAUGGUCGAAGCGAGUACGAUGUCAGCGACUACCACGAUGAUACGACUGCUUCGAGACACGCUGGUACAACUGGCGGUGAUCCUGGUGCCAAUCUUGGAUAUCAACAGGCCCCUCCUCUCCCUCCUGCCAUCGACACUUCGGAUGUUGGUCCAGGUCGUGAGCGCAUGGUCACUGAUUGGUUGUAUCGAUCGCCUGAUCGCAAGUAAACUAGCCCCUCCUAUAAUUCUGAUAUAAUACUCCUCCUUUCCAUCACAUCCCAAUUUCCUUUCCUCUUAUAUUAUUCUCUAUUUUCUUUGGUUUUUGUAUCUAUAUAUUUGCUGUAAUUUCUCUUUUCUUUUUUCUUUUCACCCCUAGAAAAAGCGUGUGUUGGUUUAUUUCUGCCUCUUUGAAUUUGUUAUACCGCUCUAAUGGGAGUAUAUAUUUUGACCUAAACUUCUCUUUAAUAAUCUAUACAAUAAAAAAUAUCCUACUAUCAUCUAAUAUAC